AUAAAACUGUCUCGAACUUCCUGUGGAACGGCAAUCUCCCUGAUGCUUCCGCGCCGGAACAGCCUUUCGCGCACGGAGGACUAUGUCCCACGGUAGAUCCCUCGCGUUAAGCCAGAAUUCCUUCGUCCAGCCGCCCGACCUCGACGGGGAGGAGGAGGAGGAGGAAGAGGAGAACCGGCAAGAUGAAGCCGAAGUGACAAAGCAAAAACGAUUGGCGACCGUUUACGAUGCUGUAGCGGGACGAAUCAAUGCCCAUGGCUUCCUGCCAGCUGUACCAUAUGCCUCCAAAUACCGCGACACAGCCUCGUCUAGCAGGCGGCCAGUCCGUCCGGAAGAGGUGUUAUUUCGUCGGCAGAAUGCGCCGAUUAGAUACGAGGAAAAUGAUUUCUACUUCGCCCACGAAUCGCUCCCGGCCGACCGUCCGCUCCCCUCUUCGGAAUUGCUAGAGGCUCUUCAUGCCUACUCGGCCGACUUCUAUGAUCACGCGACUGUGGAUCGCGGUCAAGAUGAUUACCAUAGCAUGGAUGAAACGGCUUUAAUAGCAAUGGGGAUACUGUUAGAGGAGAUGGCCAAAGAAUCACUGGGCGAGACCGGUGAUAUGGUGUUCGUUGAAGGAGAGGAAAUUUCUGUCGAUGAGAAUUGGUUGCCUUCGCAGUCAGGUCGGCGGACACGUCGCAAACGCGCGAAUACCCAGAGUAGCAUGAUGGCCAGCUCAGGCGACGAGCUUAACAGCGUGGUUAAGCGACAAAAGAAGCGCCGACUGGGUCCAAGGGUCUCUACAACCGAUAUGGAUACGGAGCCAGACGAUCGAUCGUGACACUGAGACUGCAUCACCAGCGCUGACCUCUUUCCUUUUGCUGCUGAUAGGGAACCCGGUAAUGACUUAGCUCGCUUGGAUCAUCCAUCGUUGCCAACCUGGGCAAAAGUAGCCCAGCAUGUUCGGGGUCGCAUGUGUUUUUCUGUCAGGACAAGCAAGUCUGAUGACAUGCCCAGCUAUGCUAAGCUAACAUACACUGCAUAUACCGCGUGGCAGCGUACCCCGGAUAAAACUCCCCUCCCCGUCCUUGCGUCCAAGGUCUAGACGGCAUGCAGGGGUAGGCCCCUGCU